AUGCAAUACUAUCUGUGCCUCAUGAUGACAUCGAUAUCGAUGAUGUGGUUCGUGGUUCGUAGUGCCCAAAAUGAGGGAAGCCAAUGGGACCUUGAAGGGGAUAACAUUGAAUCAACCUCCAAUCAAUCGGCACACAGCUUCAUGCAAAUACAAAAAAUACCCGAAAGAUAUCGUAACUUUUUGAAUUGGAAUAACGAGGUCCAGAAUAACAUGAAGACCAUUCCUGCAAAGCGAAAUCCAUUUCAUAAUGAAGAGCAAAGAAUCAAAAGACUUUGGGAUCCUGCCAACAAUGAAAGCCUUGAUUAUCGGGAAAACCAAAAAGCAUUCUCCAGGAGGAGGAAACGGCAAGGGAAACGUAGAAAUAUUACGUAUCCCCUUGAACCUCACAUGGAGUUCAAUCGUCAUCCGAUUUAUGGCAGACUUUAUCACAUUAUCGUCAUGAUGCCCAGCCUGGGCGAUGAAAAAUUUAUAAUGACCUUGACGGCCGAUACGAAUGAUUAUCUGAUCGAUGAGAUAGUGACUGUGCCCAACGGUAAGCCAAAUCCUUGGCGUUACACCAAUAAAUUGCCUUGGAUAUUGAGAAAGUAUGGCAUUCGUGUUACCAGGCUGCCGUACAGAAGUGGCUACUACUAUCAAACACAUGCCAGUUACUUCAACUCUCAUCAGCGUUACGUUUAUAUCCUCAUUACGGCGUUCAAUAAUCGAAAAAAAAAUUUGGCACGCAAGGCACGACGUGAUAUCAAAAUAAUAUUCCCAAAAGCUAUGAGUUGUGACCCGAUGUUUAAUCUGCCUUUCUGCAAGGAUCCCAAUGAACCUAUAGAAGUCUCACCCCGGAGUCAUUUGCAAUUCUCUGCCGAGUUAGGAGACGAAUGCGAGAGUUUUGAAUACGAUCAUGUGGAUUGGAACUUUUAUGAUAUAAGAGAGACACAAUUGAUUGGUCAUGCGGGUGUCACCAAAGGCCUGACGCUCAAGCUACCACCGUAUAAGAUUAAAUAUAAAUACAAUCCAAUGCUCGGAAAAUUUGUGUUUAUUUUGCGAGUAAAUGCAAUUAUAAAUGGCGUGAAUUGUGUGGCAAGGUGUUACGUACGAAUGCUCGCACCUCUAGUGGAACCGAGAAUCCGGGGUAACAUGAAUCGUAUGGUCAAUGUCGAGCGUGAGAUUGUGAUGGAUGCCAGUAGAAGUCGAGACAGAUCGAGGAAACGAGCAGAAGAUAAUUCCAGGAUAUUCAUUUGGGGCUGUGUCAGCGUAGAUGAUCCGACAAAUAAGUACUGUCGUCAAGACAUGAGUACUAAGGAAAAGAUAAUAAUACCACCAAAUUCAUUGAAACUCGGCAGUUUCUAUAACUACAGUUUGACAAUGGUUUCGCGAAUGGAUUACCGCGUAUAUGUCACGGUAUAUCAAAUGUUGGAAGUUGUCAAGCAUCGUACCAUCACGGCACAUAUACUUUGCCAUCGAAAUUGCUAUAUGAAAACAUGGUAUUUGACUUUCCCUGGGGAUGAGACAAGCUGGUCCGUGUCAACAACUAAAAAUCUUGUAACGCAACAUACUGUGGAGGAGCUGCUGAUAACACUGGUGAUCAUACUGAAGGAUGGGCUCACGGUGGAAUAG